AUGGGUCCCGACAACGAAAAAUCCCCCACAGAAUCACAGGCCUCUGUCGAUGGCUCGACUGCUGACAUCGAGUCCGGCAUUGCCGUGGAGUCAAAGGGCUGGCUCCACACGCUUAGCCAGAAGCUAGAGCUUCUGGCCGGGUUGGAAACCCGGGGUAUUGAGCGAGUGCCCGAUGACAUGCGUGGAGGACCCACCUCCACCAAGCAGUAUCUCUCAGCUGCGCUGAUGUGGUUUGGGAUCAACUGCACCGCGAACAGUUUGAACGUUGGCAUUUUAGGACCAUUGGCCUUUCAGCUGGGGUUUGUGGAUGCAAUUCUUUGUUGUAUCUUCGGUACGCUCACAGGCUGUAUUUGUGCCGGGUAUAUUUCAACUUUUGGGCCAGUAUCCGGAUGUCGUACGCUGGUCGUAGCCCGAUAUACAAUGGGAUGGUGGCCCGCCAAGCUGUGUGUUGUACUGAACAUCUUCAUCGCGCUCGGAUACGGCGUGACCAACUGCCUGACCGCUGGUUUAAUUCUCUCGGCCGUCAACGGCCAUGGGAUGAAACCGUGGGUAGGCAUAGUGGUUUCGGCGCUGAUCACCUGGGUGAUUGCGACAUUUGGAUACCGGUGGUUCUUCAAUUUCGAAAGAUUCUGCUGGAUACCUCAGAUCCUGAUCAUGUUUAUUAUGAUCGGCUGUGCUGGUCCCGAUUUCAACCCGGAUAGCCAGAGCGUCGGAGUAGGUGCCGAGUUGGCCGGUAAUCGACUAACGUUCUUCUUUCUCUGCAUGUCAGUCCCCCUGAGCUGGGCUUCGUAUGCGGCGGACUAUUAUGCUUACUUCCCCAAAGACACGGUGAAAUGGAAGGUUGCCCUCUCCACGACAAUCGGCAUCUUUCUUGCCAAAGUCCUCUGUCUCUCCAUCGGCAUCGGUCUAGGCGGCGGCACCCUUACCAACAAGUCCUGGGCCGAAGGCUUCGACAGAUCAACUGGAGGCCUUAUAAUGGCCAGUCUCGCCCCUCUGAACAGCUUCGGUAAUUUCCUCGGCGUAAUCCUCGCUCUCGGCCUAGUUGCCAACCAAGUCCCAGGAGCCUACUCCGCCUCCUUCAACCUCCAACUCCUCGGUCCCUGGGCUCAUAAAAUUCCCCGCUUUAUCUGGAGCACAAUCGCCGUCGUUGUUUACACCGUCUGCGCCAUAGCAGGCGAAGCUUACCUCCUAACCAUCUUCAACAACUUCCUUGCCCUUGUCGGCUACUGGACCAUGAUCUGGGUCGUUAUUACAGCGGAAGAACACACCAUUUUCCGCCAAGAUUUCAACUGGGCCGACUGGAACGACCGCCGUGCGUUGCCCCUGGGCUGGGCGGCAUUAGUGGCCUUUCUGAUCGGGUGGGCAGGCGCGAUCCUGGGCAUGAAUCAGGUGUAUUUUAUUGGGCCAGUUGCGAGGUUGGUGGGAGGUGGGGCGGAUAUGGGGUUACCUAUUGCUGCGUCUUGGACGGCGCUGAGUUUUCCCCCGUUGCGAUACCUGGAGUUGAAGGUUUUCGGACGGUGA